UAUUUCCGGUACAUGUAAAGUGUAAAAAAACAUGUCGUUGGGACGUUUUUCUACGUUUGUCAUUGUCCUAACGGCAUUUUUUGGUUCCUCAUUUUGUUUGAACAUCAUUCCCGAUUAUUUUAUGAACAGUGGAGGUUUGGGUAAUUGUGGUGAAACUAUCAAUAACAAAGAAGACGUGUAUAUCAGGUCCCAUACUGGAGCUUAUCAACUUGGAAGUAUCAUAAACUACGGAGCGAAUGAGAACUGUGAGCUAACAUUCAACGCAGGGACAGGGAAGAAAGUCUUGAUAAAUUUUUUAGAAUUUGAACUGGAAAAUGCAGCAGGAAAUGAAUGUUUGGAUGGACUUGAGAUAUUUGACCACCAGAACACCACCACGUCCACUAAUUCAAACAACGCGACUGUUUCUUACAACUGUACAAUCAAUAAUAAUGCCACCAUUGACAACUGUACAGCGGCAAACAACUGUUCACUAGACAACUGCACUGUAGCUAAUAACUGUUCAAUUGAGAAUACAACACUGACGACAAACCUGUGCACGAUGGAAAACUCUUCUUCCUUGACCAACCAAAUUACCGCCGAUUUGACAGUUUGCGGAAGUGCAGGUCCAAGUCCAUUUGUAUCAGAUUCAUCAGAAGUGCAGUUUAAAUUUUACACAAACAGUCUAAAUCAUUUCUCUGGUUUCCAGUUGCUGGUUACAUCAUUUCGUGAGGCCGAUAAUUGCUCAAGCAACGAAUUUCAAUGUGAUACAAACAGAUGUAUCCCUACAAAUCUAAAGUGUGAUACGGUCCAACACUGUGUUGAUGGUACAGAUGAAAAUGACAACAUCGCUGGCUGUACUAUCUUAGAUAAAAUUUUGGGGUACGUGUUUGGACUUGGACAGCUGACAGUGAUCACUAUUGCUAUUUUAGGCGGCGUUAUCAUCUUUACAAUAAUCACCUUUAUCAUUGUCUACCAUGUAUGUUGUAAGAAAAAACAUAAUAGAGUCCAUGAUACCCAAGAGGCGCACCCUGGGACAUCAAGAAACACACCCAAUAGAGAGAGUAGGAAGGGCCAAAAAGGAAAGAGAACGGUCACUGUUGUAGCACCGGCACCUCACACAUCGGAAGCAUCUAAAUCAACAAGAAAGCAGACUUCCGGUAGGAAUUCGAAGUCAAAGAAAAGGUCGGACGAGGAAAAUGAUCCAUUUUGGUGAAAAUGAAUGCUCAUCAAUUUAUAUAUUUGUAAUACCAUCGGGUAAUGUCGUUUUACUUAAUCAAAGAUAUGACAGUUAAUAGUACACGUCAGUACCUUCUCAGUUUCCUAACGGACGUAGAGCUGUUACUUCGUACAUGUGUAGUUAUAUAAUGUAUGACAUGGUGAACUAAUUUUGAUAUACUUACAAAUUGUGCAUGGUUUUUCCUCGAUUUAACUUUUUUAAUAGAAAUAGAAACUUAACGCACAUCUUUACUUCUUAUGUUUGGCCCAAGUUUAUUGAAAAUAGAUGUAUUUUAUUCUUUACUCAACUCGAAGCUGACUAAGAACAUUAAAAAGAACGUGUUUUUUUUCGUU